GCUUUGUCUUUGCGUGGAGGUGCGCAGGAGGAGGCUCGACACCUGCCUGUUAUGUCGUGACAAGGAGGUGACCUUUGCCUGGCGCUGCAUGGAAGUGACCCCUACUGCAUGCCUAGCGCUAUCCUUGCAUGCAGUGCAGAUUUUUUAGUGAGAUUUGUCUCAGCUUGCUUGAUUGAAAUAAACAACACCAAGAACUGUGUGAUUUGAGUCAAGAACUAGUACUAGCUACCCAGUAGAUCUACGUACAGACAGAUCUAUGAUUAUGUCUAUGAGCUGGGUAGCGCAUAUCCACUAUCAUCCAAGACAAUCAAGCACUUCGAUUUUUGCAGCCUGAGCUGAGGAAGGUUCUGUGCUGGCUGCCCGGUGCAGACCAAUCUGACUCCUGUCAAUUUACGGCCACCGCUAGCUAGCCUAGCACGUAAGAUCGUUCAUCACGCUAAUAACGCGGACAAGCUGCAGCACAGUCUCCUGAACUGCUAGCUAGCGCAUACAGAACAAUGGCAUCAACUGCACCAGCACCAGCAUGGCAUCACGCAACCAUGCCAGACCUGCAGGUCUACGCGCCGCAAGUCGCCGGCAUUCUGUGCGUACUGGCCGCGUUCGACCUCCUGGUCGCGCGGCACACGAAGGCGCGCUACUUCGCCAUCCACGUGCUAGCGAACAGCAUAGUCACGAUUAGCGUGCUACCUGGCUGCUUCAAGCUCUUGUCAAACCCGGCUGUAGGCCUGCGGCUGGACGAGUUCAGCUCCAUGGGCAUAUCGGCCAAUCUCUGCAUCCAUGUGUAUCACAUGGCGGCGUUCCGAGACCUGACCUGGCUUGAUUGGCUGCAUCACAUCACUAUGACCAUAAUCCUGAUGCCCAUCACUUUCGCGCACGACGCCUGGUUCGGCCUGACCUGCGACCUACAGAACUUCUUCUCCUGUGGCCUGCCGGGUGGUGCUGACUACGCUAUGCUGCUGGCUGUCAAGCAGGGCUGGAUGGAGCCGCUGACAGAGAAGCGCAUAAACUCGCAGAUCAACGUGUGGCUCAGAGCGCCGGGGAUCGUCUUCACGUGUGGGUUGGGGUUCACCCAGGCUUUCCUCAAGGAUCCGCAUUUGCACUUCCUCUCACCCGCGUUCUUCUUCAGCGGAUUAACGCUGGGCCUGUUCAUCUGGAACGCGCAGUACUUCUCAGAGCGCGUCGUCGGAAACUACUACGUGCGCCAGUACCAGGCGGACGAGAAAAGAAAACCGGCGCGAAACGGCAAGAACAAUUAGCUCCGGAGUAUGCUUGUAUAGCAGCUCUGAGUGGUGUCCAGUGCUGCUCUUUGAAAAUCGAUUGUGCGAAUCAAGCUUGUGCCUGUGCCAGUUUACAUCCCAGUGUUUGCAGGUAUAGGGCUGCACAGCGCUGCCCGGCGUGCCGUUCACUCUCUUGAUUGGAUUUCAUGAACUCUGGGCAGCACUCUACUAUUUAGAAAAAGAAUGGCUUACCAUAGAUCUUUCCAAUGAGAUUGGGAUUUUACACGCGUGUUUAGAUUCUGCGGCCAUGUCAUUAGCACUGACUGGUGUUCUGAACUGAGGUAUUUACUUCUGCUGAUAGUCAAAUGUUGCGUAUGUGUGCGUGUGUGUGUAUGUGUGUGUAUGUGUGUGUGCGUGUGCAAAUGUCACUUUCGUACUGAGUUGUGUUACCAUCCUUUACUUGCAGGCCAGGUGUGGCAAUAGGAAAGAUUGCACAGUGUGUGUUUAGCCCGUUGAGCAGCUAGGGGUUUUCCCCGUUGAGCAGCAAGGGGUUUUCCCCAGUUUACUUUAUUUACUGUUUUUAUCUUUUGCCAAGUGCAUUUGCGCCUUGAUCCAAGAGAGUGCUGGCGUUCCCACGGCGGAUGCGGAAAACUCGACCUUUGGCCGAGUCUCACGCGAACCGUGAAUUUGUU